UUCACCAAAGUCCAACAUAAAACACCAUCUAAUCUCAACCUCCAAAUCCCAUCAACCAAUCCAAGGGGGCCAACGGCGCAAACUUGCAUAAUCCAUGAAGACAUUUAACUUUCUCCUCAUCGUCAUUGCCGCAAUCAUCUAUGUCAUCGGUGCCCCUGCCACAGGCUGUGGUGAGCCAUUUGGCAACCAACUGUGGAAUACGAAUGGAUGGCAACCUAUCAAGAACAUCAAUGAGAAGCACAUCCAGGAACUCGGAGCCUGGGCAGUGUUAGAGCAUGGAAGGUAUGUAAACUGCAGGCUCUGGUUCCACGAGGUGGUUAGUGGCAAACAGCAACUUGUGUCUGGCAUGAACUAUGAGCUCAUCAUCGAUGCAUCAGACGACGCUGGAAAACAUGGCAAGUAUAAGGCAGAGGUCUACGAGCAGGAGAGCACCAACACACGCAAGCUCCUCUCCUUCAGCAAGGCAGACUAGGAGAGCAGCUUUUCCCUCCCUAGCUAGUAUUGCUUGUGUUCUGAAAUCCUUUUAUUUGUUUUUUAUCAAAUAACUGUUGCAAUUUCAAGUUCUUCGGAAUAUAAAGAUCAUACAUGUACUAGUACUUGAUUAUGAUAAAAGCAGCAAAUUAGUGGGUUGUUGUCUA